CGGAGACAGAGAAACUCACGUGUUGUUGUGAUCCUUCCGCAGCAAGACGGGACAGCACGAUACAUGAAUUUAAUAACUUAUUAAAGAAGAAAGCAGAAGAGACAGCGUCAUGGCGAAGAAGAAACGUGGACAAGGAAAAAAUAACCAGGCUAAUACCAAGAGUAAAGAAUAUGAAAGGCCAAAGGAACCCCAGUGUCUGGUCUUCCCACAGGGGCCAGUCAUGAAAGAAGUACAGAUACUUGCAGAUGAUUUCCGCAAAAUUAUGCAGCCAAACUCACUUGGUUGGUUAAAGAAAGGUAAAAUCAGAGACAUUUUGUCAGUAUGCAGACCAAUGAAUUUUACACACAUGGUUUUAUUUUCUCAAACUGAAAGAGGCAUCUACAUGAAGUUCUGCCGUUUACCUCAAGGGCCAACGGUGACAUUUAAAUUAAACUCUUUCUCCAAUGCAAAUGAUAUCAUGUCACUAUUGAAAAAGCAGCCUUGCCUUGUGCCACAUUUCUUUGUGGGUCCAUGCCUCAUGACCAACCUACAGCUCGAGGAAGGAGAGGCACACCUGAAGCUCUGCGCCAGGAUGUUCCUUGAUAUGUUCCCCACUAUCACACCAAACACGGCCAAAACUGAUGCAAUUCGCCGCUGCUGCCUCAUCCACUACGACGCAGAGACAGAACUCUUUGACUUCCGACACUAUGCCAUCCGUGUUGUUCCCUUGGGAUUGUCGAAAGCUGUCAAAAAGCUUUCCAAAGGGAAAGUGCCCAACCUGAGCAAGUUUUCAGAUAUGUCAGAGUUUAUGACAAAGGCCGGGAUGCUGUCAGAGAGCGAAGCAGAAGACGACCCUUCCAACGAGGUGACACUGAGUGAAAGCAAGACGACAGACGAGGAAAAGAAAGAGUCUAAGAAGUCAGCCGUCCGAUUGGUAGAGCUGGGCCCUAGAGUGUCUUUGGAGUUGUGGAAGAUUGAAGAGGGGCUACUGGAUGGCUUAGUUCUAUACCAUCGCAUCAUUAAAAGAACACCAGAGGAGAAGCUGGAGUUAGAGAAGCGCAGAGAAAUGACAAAGCAAGUAAGAGAGCAGCGAAAGAGAGAACAAGAGCGCAAUGUCAGGGCCAAGAUGAAAAGAAUUGAGGAGCACAGGCAGAAGUGCCUCAAUGGUAUGAGGGACAGGCCCAAACUGGAGAACAACGAUAAUUACGAGGAGGACAACGAUGUCGAUUAUUUCAGGGAGGAGGUUGGCGAGGAGCCUGAUGAAGCUCUUUUCGACAAAAAGCGUAUUGGCAAGAAGCGCAAGACAGAGGCGGAAGAAAGGACUCAGAAGAAGGUUAAGAAAUUCCAAGAGAAGAAAAUGCCAAGGGCCCACUAUGACAGUGAUGAUGAUGGCGGCGGCCGCAGUCGAGGCAAGCCUAAGCAUAAAGAGGGCGGAAAGCAUGGAAAGGGAAGGGGGAAGGUUGGUUUCAAAACCCAUGAGAAGAUCAGGAAAGCAAAACCAACUGGUAUGAAAAUGAAGAAAAAGGGCUUCAAGAGGAAAUAACUGCAUGGUUGACCAUUGUAGACAUAUUCUUAAGGACAAGACGUUAAUUUUGAUGAAUGUUAUCUUGUAGCUAACAAAUGUGAGAUUUUGUUAAUAAAUUAUAUAUAUUCC